CAAAAUAGGAUCUGCUCGCGACAGUGCAGCACGAGCUAAAUUGAGGUCCGUGUGUGUGUUGUUUUUUUUUUUUGAAGAGGAGCGUUCAGAGAGAGAGGACACUGUCGAGUGAACAGCACGGGUCAUUCAUGGAAAUAGGAUGAGAGAUACCAUGUCACACAAGCAAGCUGAAAUCUACACAUAUGACUUCUGUGACGGUGACCAUCCAGUGGAGCUCCUGGAUGCUCUCAGGCAUUUCUACAUUAGUGGCCUGUUUACUGAUGUUACUCUGCAGUGUGGCGAGUCCGGGCAGGUGUUUCACUGCCACAAAGCACUGCUGUCCGCCCGCAGCUCCUAUUUCAAAGUUAUGUUCACAGCUGACAUGAGGGAGAGGUCGAACAGCGUCAUCAAGCUCACCGGGGUGGACUGCAGCGUCCUGGCUGCUUUGGUGAACUAUGUGUACACAGCUCAGGUGUGCAUCACUGAGAGCAACGUGCAGAGUCUGCUGGAGGCUGCAGACCUCCUGCAGUUCAUUUCUGUCAAACAAGCAUGCGAGGAGUUUCUCAUUCGCCUCCUGGAUGUGGACAACUGUUUGGGGAUGCACGCUUUUGCACAGCUGCACCUGUGUCCCGGCCUGGAGAGGGAGGCCCGCAGGAUGAUGCUGAGCAGGUUCUCAGAGGUCAUUCAGCAGGAUGAGUUCCUCGAGCUGGAUCGUGAGAGGAUGGGAUCCGUUUUGGCUGCUCAGAACCUCACCGUGCAGAGGGAUGAUGUGCUGAUUGAUGCUGUGGCCAAAUGGGUGACCCAUGACUUGGAUAACCGUGUGCAAUGUGCUGCAGAGUUGCUGCACUCCAUCCAUGCGGACCUGGAUGAGAUUUACUUCAAAGCUACUUUAGAGAUGCACAGACAUUGUUUGCUGAAAAGUGAAGGGAAGUUUAAAUCUAUGAUCGUUCAGGCUUUAAGAUCCAAUGGCAAAGUGAUGUCUGCAAGCAGAAAAAUGUCCUCCAGCAUGUAUAUCAUCGGCGGUUACUACUGGCACCCUCUAUGUGAAGUUCACAUAUGGGAUCCUAUCAGCAACACCUGGGUGCAAGGAAAAGACAUGCCUGACCCUGCAAGAGAGAGCUACAGCGUCAGUUUACUGGGAGCAAAUAUCUAUGUGACUGGUGGUUACAGAACAAACACUGUUGAGGCGCUGGACACAGUUUCGGUUUAUAACUGUGACUAUGAUGAAUGGACCGAGGGUUGCCCCAUGAUCACAGCCAGAUACUACCACUGCUCUGUGGCUCUGCACGGCUGCAUUUAUGCUAUUGGAGGAUACAGAGGAGGAGCUCCCGAGCAAGAGACAGAAUGUUAUGAUCCUUUGAAAAAGAAAUGGCUCCCUUUGGCCAAAAUGAUCCAAGGUGUGGGAAAUGCCACUGCGUGUGUCAUGGGAGAUAAAAUCUAUGUGACUGGAGGUCAUUAUGGAUACAGAGGAAACUGCACCUAUGACAAAAUUCAAGUCUACAGGACAGAUGUCAACGAGUGGAGUAUUACUACAAUAAGUCCCCAUCCAGAGUACGGGCUGUGCUCGGUGUCUCUCGACAACAAGCUGUAUUUGGUGGGAGGACAGACGGCCAUCGCAGAUUGCUACGACAUGGAGAGAGACGAAUGGAGACCAAUAUCAGUGAUGAAGGAGAGGAGGAUGGAGUGUGGGGCGGUGGUCAUUAAUGGAUGUAUUUAUGUAACAGGAGGAUAUUCCUACUCAAAGGGGACUUAUCUGCAGAGCAUUGAGAAAUACGACCCUGAGUUGGACUCUUGGGAGAUUGUGGGGAGCCUUCCAAGCCCAGCCAGGUCACAUGGAAGUGUUUGUGUCUACAGUGUUUAGUGUCAAAACCUAAUCACAUCAUUUUGUGCCAAAUAGAUCAAAUAUUCUGUCUGCAAAUGUCUGGAACACUAUCACACAACAUGUUGAGAUGGCUCUGUAUUUAGAGAGCUACACAUUUGCCAAAUUGUCAAUAUAAUAACAAAUAUUUCACUUAAAACUCAGGGGCUUCACAACUUUACCUUUGAGCAUCUGUUUUUAUUUUAUUUUGAAAGGAAAGACUGAAGAGAGAAUUAAAAUUAUUAUAACUGAGUAUUAUUCAAAGUCACUUUACUGAAACACAGAAUCAACCUCAGACUAUUGAUGCAAUAGCAAAAUAACUGUUUUUAUUACAACUGUACCAUUACUUGAUUAAAUAAAUAACUACC